AUGCUGGUGGGGUUACGGUGCUCCCAACUUUUUCUUGCAAGCUCUACCUUGGAUCUUGCUGUUAUUAAGGAAAUGGUGGUGAAUCUACAAGCAGAACUCACAUACUUACAAGCUCAUCUUGCAACCCUAGAGCUUCCAACUCCGCCACCUCCUCCACCACCUCAGCCACUACUAACACCGCCUCCCUUCUCAAUAUCAGACCUCCCAACAGCUUCCUGCUUGCCUGCAACAUACGACUUAUCUGCACUCUUUGAUCCAAUGGGGCAACCUUCAUGGGCAAUGCAGCAGCGGCAAAUGGAUCCACGCAACUUUGGCUGCACCAGUACUAGAGCUUCCGGUGAGAUGUCGUCUCCAGCUGCCAGUGGCGGUGGUGAUGGUGGUGGUGGUGGCGGAGAUCUCCAAGAACUGGCACGUGAACUUCUACAUAGACAAGGGUCUCCACCAGUGCCAUGCAGUGAAGCAUCACAUUUGUUACCCCAUACCAAAUGAGACUGACCUGUUUAACUAGCUCUUGCCCUUGGAUACAAGAUGAUAAAGUUUCAACUGAGGGGUAAAGUUUAAUUUUUUUUUAUUCUGAUGGGGCAAGUAAUUGAAAUAACUGAUCUUUUGUUUAUUUAUUUAUUUUUGUUACUUUCUUUACUCCAUUAACGCUGAUGAAAUUCAAUAUUAGAUUAUACAUGAAGGCAUGAAUUAUGUUUUUUUUUGGAAUAAAA